GUCUGAUGUAGCUUUUGGUCUUGUUGAUCUCGCUGAUGAUUUUGAGAUGGUCCAUAAAUCCCAUGAUGACCUGCAAGAUGCGAUGGGAAGGAAACGGAAAACGCCACAACAGCGCGAAGUUCCACUCUCUAUGAACCCAACAAUCUCUGCACUACGUCAAGCCGUCCGUCCCCGGUCUCCAACGCCCAGUCAGAGGAACUCAGCUGUCAAAAAUCGACAACCAUUAGAAGAAGUAGACCUUGCACUUGACGAAAGCGCCCCGAACAUCCACAGCGCCGCAAAUGCGACGCCUGACUCCAUGCUGGACGGCUCGCGGAAAACUUCGAUGAAGACUCAGGACUUCUGGGAUCAGGCUAACGAGAUUAUGGCCAUGAUUCGAAACAAGGCUCGACCGAAGACUAGCCUCGACAGUGUCGAAGAAUCAGAGGUCGAGCAAGGGAGUCAGACACCACCGGAUGAUGCAGUCGGUGAUGAUGAUGACUCGUACCAGUCGACUGAAGAGCCAUUCUCGCGCCCUCCAAGUCGCGAAGGUCGGCCUAUGGCACGAAUGCCACUCCGUCAGGAGGAUCCCGAGCUUGCUGAUCGGCUCAAGCAGUACGCUGAAUUGAGCGAUCUCGGCGAGCUUGUGAGCUUGUCUAUGGGACGUAUCAAAGAGGUCAACCACGAAUUCAACAUGGCCAAGGAAUCCAUUGAUCAGAGUCUGCGGGACACAGCGUCGCGUUCUUUCUCCUCACCCCGUGAGGAUUUUGUCAGCGACUUACCGAACGUCCGCAUAUCUCGAAACCCUGAUGAGCCGCCGUCCCCAGGCACCUAUAGCCGUCCCCCCUCAGGCUACUCGCAAGGAUCAAGAGCUUCGAGUGCUCGAUCGUUUCCUAGUGGUUCAUCGCGGAACUCAGAUUCGCGACGGUUGAUUGCGCCUGAUGCUGUAACGCAGCUCAUUGGGGAUCAAGUAGGCAAUAUGGUCUUCGAUAAGGACAAGAAUGCUUGGAUGAAAGUUAGGACGCCAAAGCCUCCAACGAAGAUUGUCAAUGUUUUGCCGUCCGACGACAGCGAGGAAGACCCUUUCGCGAGCAUACCCGAUCUCUCGGUCGACAUGACGAGAGAGAAGGAAAAUCUCCUCGGCUUGUCAGCAGGGACACAUUCUACCGAGUUUGGGGCUCAGCCAGAGGAUCUGGACGCAUCAGACAUGUUCUCAGAUCGGAGAUCAGAGGCCGGCACGCCGUCACGAGAUCGUAGUCCAGCUAUGAGUCCGGCAGCGCCCCUCCGGUCCCCGUUCGACAAGGUUUUCACAGACGAUGAUGAGACCGUGGAGCACGAGAUCACUAUUGACGAAGACCGCGUCAGCAAGACUACAUCCUCUCGUCGGCGGAAUCUGACCAUCACGUUCUCAUCUCCUAUCGCUUCCAUCAUUAGAGAUCUGCCCGCUCUAGAUGAUGACAACCUUGGCAUGGAUCCGGCCGAACUGAGCGAGGCUGUCCGUGAAACAACAUCUGCAUUUGUCGCAAGACACCAAAAUGAAGCUGACAAUCCUGUGAGCACAAAUACUCGACAGCAGAAACAGAGAUCAAGGAGUCAGUCGCGAGGCCCCGCACGAACGCUAUCUGUCCGCGGACGAGCUUUCCUGACUCGGCCAGUUUCUCGGAUCGAGGAACGGGAUGAGGCCUCAGAACAAUCCUGCAUUGAUGAACGUCAACUGAGCAUUAUACCCGACCUGAGCAUCGGCGGAGUUGAUGUUGAAGAUGGCCAAAAAUCAUCCAUGGAUGUGGCUUGGACACCUGCAGCGGAGAGAAGGUUGUCCAUCUCGGCCACACCUGUCAUUGCUAAGCACGUCGGGACGCUGUCUUUGAGUCCCCUCUCCGAGUUCACAAUGCUUCAAGCGGAUCAGUCAUGUGCUCUCGAGGUCAGCUAUGUGGUUGAAGACCAGUACCUGGUAACCGGAAACGGAUCCAAGAAAGUUCUCUCGAGAGCAAUCCGGAGUCUAGUCGAGAAGAUCACGGAGGUUGAACCCUUUGAGCCAGACUGGGAAGGCAUGCGAGAGCUGGACAUCAGCAACAAGAAACUUGCAUCACUCCACAUGCUCGAUGAGUUCUGCGGAGGUGUUGUCACGCUAGAGGCAUCGAACAACAGUAUAAGUCAUCUUGAGGGCGUGCCAGAUGGUGUCCGCAACCUUCGCAUCACUCACAAUCAGCUAUCCGAGCUGACAGCAUGGGGCCACCUGGUGAACCUCCAAUACGUGGAUGUCUCCAAUAACAACCUUACCAGCCUCCAUGCCUUCAAAGAGCUGGUCCACCUGCGGAAUCUUCGUGCGGACAAUAACAAAAUCACAAGUCUCCAAGGCAUCUGCCAUCACGACACCUUGCAAAUACUGCGAGCGCGAGGCAACCUGAUCGAGGCUCUCGACUUCGAGGGUUCAAGGCUGGACCGGCUUUCUGAACUCGACUUGGAGCACAAUAGCAUUGCGUCGGUCCACAAUCUUGACCAGCUGCCUUGUUUGACUUCUCUCAACCUGCAGCGAAACCAGCUAACCGAGACCCCAAUCGCCGCGGGGUCCACGACAGAGACUAUUCGGUACCUCAAACUGUCCGACAAUAACAUCUCACUUCUGGAUAUCACCGGGUUUCCGUCUCUCAGACUGCUACAUGCUGAUCGCAAUCAGAUUACUGCCGUGACAGGAGGUUCGCGCUGUCGACGGCUUGAUAGUCUGUCUCUGCGUGAGCAGAAGAUUGAAGGCCGACUGGAUACUGCCUUCUUGGCCGAAGUCUACGAGAUUCGCAAGCUCUUCCUGUCGGGCAAUCUGCUCAGUGGAUUCGACCCUUCAGUCGACUUUCUGAACCUGCAGUACCUGGAACUCGCCAACUGUGGGCUCGAACUACUGCCUCAGAAUGUCGGGCAGCUUAUGCCAAAUGUGCGAGUGCUGAAUCUUAACUUCAAUGCUCUGAACGACCUCUCACCUCUGCGUUUCAUCCCAAGGCUCAAGAAGCUGUCAGCUGCCGGCAACAGGCUUGCCGAAGCCGGUCAAGUCGCUAAUGUCCUAGCCGAGUUCCCGCACCUGGCCAAGCUGGAUCUGCGAGACAACCCCACGACGCUGGGAUUCUACCCGCCACUGCAGACGCUCGUGCACGUCGACGAGGAUGGCGAGAAGCCUUUUGAUCCAUUUGUCCUGCCUGAGGGCAAUGCCGAGCGCGACGGCCAGUUCCUGGCCAGGCUGGACAUGGGGACGAGGAUGCGCAGGCGGCUUUACGAGAUGGUGGUGCAGGGCCGCUGCCAGAGACUCAAGUCUCUCGAUGGCCUGGCCGUAUGCAGGUCCGAUGUCUCUAAGAAGGAUGCUAUCUGGAUGGCGCUCAGCAAGACUGGUGUCCUGAGCAGCAUACACAUGGGUGCUGAGGAGAAGGCCAAGCCGGACGAAGAGGCAGAAGAAUGCGAACUGCCUCCCCUGCCCGCCAAACAAGACGCGGCUGCGCAUAUUGAUUUGCCAUAUAGGCUAUUUACCCCAACGAAACAGCAGCAACAGCAGCAAUCAUAAGCUGCUAGGAAUAAGCACGACCAACAUAAAACAUGACAUUACCCUGAGAAAGAUGAGGGGUACAGCGGCGUUACUGGAAAAGGGAUUGGCCUAGGGCACGCAUAGAGUUCUGGUUCAUGUCAAGGAGUUUUGAUUUCCCCCCGCCCCAGGGCCUCCGGGGGAUGCGGCUGGUUCAUGUACAACAGCGCAGAGUCUUGUAGGGUUCUUGAUUUCAAUUUUACUUGCCACGAUAAUGAACGGGAUAAAACAGGAGGACAAGCGGGAAAAGGGGGGCAGGGAAUCAGCGGUUUUCAGAUACAUUGGCGUUUCACAUUACCGAGAGGGGGAACUCAGCGAGCGAGCAAAGCAUGUUGUACCAAGUUAUUGAUUUCUCAUGAAUGGCCGAGAACGCAAAGUGUCACAAGCUCCCAGUAUGAAAUCUUUAGGUGU